AUGGCCUCCCAAUCGAACCUCCCGCAGGUGACUUCGUCCAAGCUCUUCAUCACCGAAGGCGGAAUCGAAACAACUAUCCUCUUCAAAAAGAACAUCGAUCUCCCUAGCUUCUCUACCCUCCCAGUUCUCAACACGGAAGAGGGCAGAAAAGUCAUCUGUGCAAUCUACCAAGAGUACAUCAAUAUUGCCUUGGCCCAUUCAACCGGCGUCGUCCUCGAAACUCGCACUUGGCGGGGUUCGCCGUUAUGGUCUUCCGAAAUCAACCUCUCCAUCGAACAGAUCAUCGAUCUGAACCAUACAGCAGUCAAGAUCCUCCAUGACCUCAGGAACAAGACUCCAUCACCUCCCAUCGUUAUUAGUGGUGCCAUGGGACCUCUCCAAGAUGCCUACCAGGAUUCCAUGAUUUCAUUCUCUCAGGCACGCGAGUAUUAUGGCCCCCAGAUUCGCGCGUUUGCCGAAGAAGGUGUUGAUAUGUUGUGUAUCCUGACUGUGACGAAUCUCAACGAGGCCAAUGCAGCAGUGAGUCUAGCGCGUGAGCAUAAUCUCCCUAUCCACGUGUCAUUUAGCAUUGAGACAGACGGACGACUACGAGGAGGAAAGACUCUCGAGGAUGCGAUUCGAGAAGUCGAUCUUCAAACUGAGGACUAUGUAACAUAUUUUGGGGUGAAUUGUGCUCACCCACGGUAUAUCUUGAUGGCAGUACAGGGUAUGUCUAGCGAUGUGAUGUCGAGGAUCGGGUCGAUUAGAGGGAAUUCUAGUCUGAAGAGUCACGAGGAACUUGAUAACUCUCCAGUGCUAGAUCGGGGCGAUAUCCCGCUGUGGGUUCGAGAAUUCAAUGACCUUUUGAACAUAUUGCCGGGAGUCAAGGUGGUAGGGGGUUGCUGUGGUACGGAUGAUGAACAUGUUGAUGCUAUUGCGAAAAGGAUUGACUCUGUCGGUUAG